AUGCCGCACUCAGUGUCGCCUGCUUCGCCUAGCCGAGAGGAUGAAGAGCUCCCAGAUGCUCCCGUGGAGAAUGCGACCGAGACUGGUGGGGUCAAGUUGGAGGACAUGUUCAACGACGAUGACGACGAGGAGUUCCCAGCUUCCAGUGCUCAGGAUGUGAAGAUGGAGUCUUCUCCAGCUCCAGCUCCAGCAAGCGCCGCUGCCCCAGGACCUUCCGGCGUCGACACCGAAGUCAUGCUCGCAUUUUACCAACGUCUGUUCCCAUUCCGAUACUUGUUCCAAUGGCUCAACCAUGGAGUCGUUCCCACGAAAGACUUUAGCAACCGCGAGUUUGCCCUGACCCUGCAAAACGACGCAUACCUUCGAUACCAGUCCUACCCGACCGCAGAUUUAUUUCGAAAGGACAUCUUGAAGAUGAACCCCUCGCGAUUCGAAAUCGGGCCUGUGUAUAGCACCAACCCCCGCGAUCGCAAGACGCUCCGAGGCGGCCAGAUGAAACCAGUAUCGAAAGAGCUGGUCUUCGAUAUCGAUAUGACAGAUUACGACGACAUUCGAACAUGUUGUCAGAAAGCCAAUAUCUGCCACAAGUGCUGGGCAUUCGUGACAAUGGCCAUCAAGGUCAUCGAUAGCGCUCUGCGAGAAGACUUUGGGUUUGAGCAUAUUCUAUGGGUGUACUCUGGUCGUCGUGGUGCUCACGCGUGGGUUUGCGAUCCUCGUGCGCGCAACUUGCCAGAUGACAGGAGAAGGGCGAUUGCUGGAUACCUUGAGAUUCUGCGUGGCGGUUCGCAAAGCGGCAAGCGAGUCAACAUCAAGCGGCCCCUCCACCCCCACGUCAACCGAAGUCUGGAUAUUCUGAAGAAUUAUUUCGCCCAGACUACCCUCGUAGACCAAGACACAUUCGCCAGCUCCGAGCAAGCGGAGAAGCUUUUGGGAUUGCUCCCAGACAAGUCAUUGAAUGAGGCUCUGAAGCGAAAGUGGGAUUCGUCUCCUGAUCGCCCCAGUACUAGUAAGUGGGCCGAUAUUGAUGCGCUCGCCAAGACUGGCAAGAGCAGCACAUUGAAUACCACCACUUUGCGAGAUGCAAAGCAAGACAUCGUUCUCGAAUAUACUUACCCGCGCCUCGAUGCUGAAGUCAGCAAGAAGAUGAUCCAUUUGUUGAAGAGUCCAUUCGUCAUUCACCCUGGUACGGGACGAAUCUGUGUGCCUAUCGAUCCCCGCAAGGCAGACGAGUUUGAUCCACUCUCCGUUCCUACCGUCAUGGAACUACUAGGGGAAAUCGAUGCAUACGAUGCAAAACAUCCUGUUGGAACCCAAGAUGCAGAAAUGCCUGAUGUUGAGGGUAGUGCUGUGAAUGGCUCGGAUAUCAAGGGCACUCGCAAGCUUCAAGACUAUGAGAAGACCAGCCUCAAGCCCUACAUCGAGUUCUUCCGCUCGUUUAUCGCAAACCUUCUCAAGGAAGAGCGUGCAGUCAAGCGAGAGCGCGAAGAGACUGUUGCGCCAGUCAAGGCUGAUCCCAUGGAGUUCUAA